AUGUAUGCAUUGCAGAACUCGCUACCGCUGUUUAUGCAGCACCGCGCCACGUAUCCGACCAUCGACAACAUGGAGCGAUACCUUCAGAACAAACAGUGGGACGGCUUUCUAAAAGAAUACACGAACUUCCAGAACACGCUGCAGCACUCCGAAGAGAGCAAUGUCAUGAUCGACUUCAUUAAAGCCCACAUUAUGGAGUACGUUCAGAAAGCCAUCGACGAAAUCUUGUCGAUUUUGUACAACUCCGGCGAUUCUCUGUCUCCCGAGAAGCAGUCCUCCUACAUCAACAUCGUGAUCGGCCUCGGCUACAGUCACGUUCCCGAGCUUUUCAUGCUCCAGAACUCCCUGCAGGGCUACAAAAACGCGAUCUCCGGCUGCAGAGAGCGUCUUCGAAAGUGGGCUGCCUGGGUUUGGAGUCAUGAAAAGCGCGUGCGAGCUGGAAGGAAUCGAUUUGGACCGCGAAACGGCGGUGAAAAGCGCGUCGUCGCGCUCUUUGCUGGUGAAGCUGCUGCUGGGGUACGUGGAGGAACUGAUGAAACAGCACGCGGACGCGAUCCGAAAGGCGAAGAACGUGUUCGUGGUAGGGGAAGAGGAGGAGGAGGCUCAGCAGUGCAGAGCAUGCUGCGUCGCGUGGAGGAUUUGGUGAGCGUGAACGAGAGCAUCAACAAGAUGCUGGAGCUGCUGCACGAGCUGCUGAAGUGCUUCCAGUCGGAGGUGAAGUGGGUGCUGGAGAAGGGAAUGAACACGGCGUCGAUGGACACGCUCUAUUUCUCCAGCGACGAUGUGCUCGCGCUCUACGACCUCGUGCAUCUCAAUAUUCGGCAGAUGUGCGAAGCUUCGUUCGGCGCGCUCGCGCGCUCCGCGGCGAAGUCCAACAAAACGACGCUCCAGCAGACGCUCGAAGCGGUGCAGGUUCGCUUUGGAUCAUCGAAAUGAUUCACACGCAGAACGUUUUCGUGGAGAUGCACACCAACACCGAAAUGGAGGUCGUCGCCUCCUACAUCAAGCUCUCCUUCGCCUCCAUCCAUCUCGUUCUCUCCGGCGUCCCCGUCGAUCAGCUUCUCCUCUCUCCCUUCGUCAUUACCCAGCAAAUGCUCCACGCUUCCGGCGCCGCUUCCUCCGAGCCCACGCUUCUUUCGUUCCGCG